AUGGAUAAUCGCAGGGUUCUUAAAGCCUACCAGGAGAGAGGAAGGGAGAAGGUGUUGCCUUACCCUUCGAAAGCAGGCUUGCUUCUGAAAAUGAAACGCUACAUCUCAGGGUCUUCCCUAUGGCAAGAUGGCUCUUCUGGCCUGAGAAACGCUUCUGCUGGUUCUUCUCGAGUUUCGUCCAGAACGGCAUCUAGAAAGCCUUCGGUUUCCCAGCCAAACGCCCAUUCUUCACGUCUUUUGAGCGAAUCGUUUGCAGCUACUUCAAUUACCAACCAGUCUAUGGACCAGAAUCCUGACCAAACCGCCAACGAGGUGUUAUCGAGCUUCUUUAAAGAUAAGGGUGACCGGCCUUUGUCUCAGAUAGAGUAUGAGGGGGUCAUGUCGCUCUUGGAAAAGUCAAGAUCGAACGUAACCUUGCCUUUGAACGAUACAGAGCAGCAUCCACACACAAGGAGAUCUCCCACGAGAGAAUCCUCUUUCAUCCAGCAUAACAACACUACCUUCUCCAACCAGCACGUGUUGAAGAAUACAAGCAUGUACGAUGGCUCAACGCCUGCCAACGCUACGUUUGCUGCUCCCGACUAUAGACCUCUGUACCAUAACUUCAACGACACCUCCAGGGCAGCUCCUCCUGUGAAGCGUGUUUACCAGUUUUCUGGCUUACCGUCUCCUUACCGUACCAGGAUACGUGCUCCAGGAUCAUCUCAGAAGAAAGCUAGACGAAUUGCUACCGAGGGCGAUAUCACGCCUUCUGCUUUGACUAUUCCAGAGUCCGAGACGCCCAAGCGCAUGAGCAACACAGCAAAUUCUCUUUUAUCUGUUUUGGAUAAUCAACUGAAGAAGGAAUCUUCCGACGUUGCUGUGGGUAGUUCAGAUAGGCCUCUUCAUAACCCAUACGCUAAGAAUAGAAGAAGAACAGCCAAGACUGCUUCCACUGAAGCUGCCUCGCUGAAUUCGAAGCCAUAUGGCACUGCUGGUGAUAUAAGCAAGACUGUUGCCUUCAACCAAGCAAAGGAAUUGGCAGAGUCUCCUGAAAAAGAGCAGAAAGACUCGUUGUUCUCAAGCCCUGCCAAGGAUGAGACCAAGACUGAUUCUAACGACAAGACAUCUAAUGGCAAGUCUUCUGCUCCAUUAUUCACCUUCAAGCCCUCAGACACUGAACCCGCUGAGAAGAAACCUGCAUUUUCCUUCAACCUCAAGAACUCUGAUAAGAAGGAUGAAGAUACUUCCAAAGAUAAGCCUAAGCCUGCCGCUAACGGUUUCUCCUUUGAUUCACAAAAACCUGCAUUCUCUUUUGGCUCCAAGACCGACAGCACGUCUGGUCUGAGCAAUAAAGACCUGAAGCCUCUUUUCGGUCUCAACCCUCCAAAGGAUUCUGAGUUUAAGCCUAGGGAAUCUGAAGAGAAAGAACUGACAUUUGCAUUACCCGAAAGCUCACUGACAGCUAACGGUGACUUAACCAAGGAGAAACAGAACGAAGUGAAUGACAGUAAGCCAGCUUUUUCAUUUGGGUCUAAACAAAACGGUAACGAGGGCUCGCUCUUUGGUCAGGCUUCAGGUGAGGAUAAGACUGGAUCUUCAUUAUUUGGCAACUCUGCCUCUAAUAAGCCUUCUACUGCAAGCACAGGGUUUUCUUUUGGCAGCAAGCCUUCUGCUGAUAUUUCGAAGCCUUCUGGCUCCCUUUUCGGCACAGCAGCUGACACUAAGACUGAAGGCGAGAAUGGAUCAAAGCAAUUCAACUUUGGCUCUUCUACAUCUCUUUUCGGUUCGAAGGAAAAGGCUUCUCCACCAAAGCCUGUGUUCAACUUUGGCGCUAAGGAAACCGAAGAGAAAGAAAACGAGGCCCAGGAGACAAAGACUUCUGAAGCCAAUCCUCCGGCAUUUUCAUUUGGAAGCUCUUCGAAGCCCAUUACUGCUUUCUCAGGUAGUAAAGACGAGACUGGCGAUCUGACUAAGUCUCUCUUUGGACAGAACGCAACAAAGUCCGACUCAACUGCCCCUGCAUUCUCUUUCCUUAAUUCGAAGCCAGAGGCUGAAAAGGAUGACGGAAAGGUAGAAGAGAUAGAGGAGGAAGAGGAAGAUAAGAAAGAAGAGAGCAACACAAAGCCGGCAUUUUCGUUUGGUGCUUCGACUGACGACAAGAGCAAAACAACAGCAAGGCCUGCUUUCUCUUUUGGUAAGAAGACUGAAGAGUCGACUGCUGAACCAGAAGCUUCUGCUACGCCCAAGUUCUCCUUCGGCAGUGCCCAGAAGACGAGUCAAGAAGAAGAGAAGAAAGCUCCGUUCAGUUUUGGAGCAGGGGAAAGUAAACCACCAGCAUUUUCUUUCGGUGCAUCUAGUGAAAAGAAAGAAGCUCCUUCGUUUAACUUCGGAGCCAAGAAGGAAACAACCGAGAGCAAUACCGAGAAGACAGCAGAGAAGGCUGCCCCUGCGUUUAGCUUUGGAGCAUCCCAAGAGAAUAAGGCUGCCCCUGCUUUCAGCUUUGGUAAAUCUGACGAGGCCAAGAAAGAAGCUCCAGCUUUCAGCUUUGGAAAGUCUGACGAGGCCAAGAAAGAUGCCCCAGCUUUCAGUUUCGGAUCCUCUGCUGAAAAGAAGGCACCAUCUCUUGACUUUGGUGGCAGCACCGAGAAGAAGGAAACUCCAGGUUUCAGUUUUGGAAAGACCGAGGAAAAGAAAGAUGCCCCAGCUUUCAGUUUCGGCAAACCUGACGAGAAGAAAGAGGCUCCAAAGUUCAACUUUGGCGCCCCAGCAAAGGAAGCAGACAAGGCGCCUGUUUUUGGCUCAACACCAUCUACCGAGACAAAGCCUGCUUUCAACUUUGGCAGCUCUACCGCCAGCAACGAUAAGCCAGCCUUCAACUUCGGCAGCUCCAAUACUUCCACCACCGCCAAACCCGCCUUCAACUUUGGUGCCAACACGUCCAGUGAUAAACCAGCAUUUAAUUUCGGCAGUUCCAAUACCCUGUCGCUCGGCGCUAAACCUACUGAGGACACCAAAGACAGCGCUGCCUCUGAAUUCAAAUUCCCCGAACUCCAAGGCACCAAGGUCACCGAAGCUGAACGUGAAGAAGCCAAGCAAUUCGAAAGCCUCUUCAAAUUUUAA